AUGGCACCAUCAAAGGCAUCAGAACGGGCCAAGGCCAAGCUCCAAGCCGUCCUCGACAACCCCAACAGAAACGACGCCAGCGGUUACAAGCAGAGAGUCAUGACUACCAAGAACCCCCUCGGAUCCGGCGAUGUCAACAUGGUUACUCGGCGAGACAGCAACACCCGACGCAUGAGCACGACCAGCGAGGGUUCGGCCGGUGAGGUUCAACGAAGAUGGAGCAUGGUCAAGAAUUGGAUCAAUCGCCCCGCCUAUUAA